AUGGCAUCGUUUCAUCCUACUCGAAGAGAAAUAGUACUGGUACUGGUACUCACGACGCUAUUAGGGCUGUUAUUACAAUUCGAUCUGUCGUUGAAAUUCACGGAUACUAAAGGAACAGAUUCGCUAUUAGGUUUCAAAGUUGGAUUUGGAAAUCGGCAAGAUUGGGAAACUGAUGUUAGGAGUGGUAGGAUAGGGAAUGGCGGUUCAGAUGAUAGGUGGUUGGAAGAUAUUGAAAGAGGUGCAAAAGCAGCUAAGAUCGCAGGAAUGUCAGAAGCUAAGAUCAAAUGGGAUGAGGAAGGUGGUUCUACAAUGACUCAAGUUUUAGGUCAUGCUCCUGGAUGGACGAUAUUCGACCAAAUAUAUCUUUUCAAUGGAACUUGGUACAUAGUAACGGAUAACCCUUCUUCAGUCCCUUUGUUGAGGUUAAUGGUCAGUACUGGUAAUGAGAUAUGGAAUGAUGAGGAGUCUAUAAAGGGAAGAGAACCUACGGAAAGAGACAUGAGAAUCAUAUUCCCAUCUGAAGCCAAACGACUUUGGGGAAAUUCGGCAUCACUAGUAUCAGGAUCAACAUUCUUAGUGAAUGACCCAUCUCAAUUCCUCGAUCAUUAUUAUCAUUUCGCAGCGGAGCUUUUGGUUGGAUUAUGGAGAACGUAUUCAUCACUUGAUCCAACUAUAAACGCUCAAGGAGUAACUCAUUUACCUUCACCAUCAAGAAUGAUUUUCCCACAUUUGGCAGCCGGUAAAUGGAAUGAUUACGCCAAGAUGAAUUCAUUCUUAUCAAGAGCUAUAUUCCCUUCAAUGUCAUACGAAUACCAAAAUGAUUUCUUGGAUAGAGCGGACACAGCCAGAGCUUUCAUUUUUGAAAGAGUCGUUUUCGCUGAUAGGGCUGCAGCGUUUAGAGGACCUGAAUUUGGUAAAACUUGGAGAACAGCUUCCGAAGCUGUUACUCUGCAAGCAAGUAAAUAUUGGUGGUCGCCCAUCCGAAAAAACUUGAUCGAAUUCGUGGGUGGUGGUGGAAACGAUCUGGAUUUGGCAGGUGAUGUGGGUUUGGGAAUUGGUUUAGACGCAGAACCAGAUGUCGAUCUGAUCGCUUUGGAAGAGGAAGAAGGUGCGAUGGUAGAAGAGAAAGAAGAAUUAUUGGAAAAAAUGAGAAAAGAAAAACAAGCUAAAAUGGGUAAACCUGUUAUAACAUAUGUCAGUAGACAAGAUUGGGGUAGAAGAAUGCUCUUGAAAGAAGGUCAUGAUAGUCUGGUCAAAGAACUGAAAGAAUUAGAGAAGAAGUACAACUGGGAGGUAAACAUCGUGUCAAUGGAUAAAUUAUCACGAGAUGAACAGAUCCGAUUGUCAGCUCGAACAACGGUAAUGAUGGGUGUCCACGGAAAUGGUUUAACGCAUUUAUUAUGGAUGAACAACCAGAAUCCUCGUUCGACAGUAAUAGAAUUUUUCUAUCCUGGUGGAUUCGCAGAAGAUUAUGAAUUCACAGCUAGAGCUUUAGGUAUAAGACAUUAUGGAAUUUGGGAUGAUGAAGCUUUCACAGCUCCUGAUACUCCUCAAGUAGCUUAUCCUGAAGGUUUCCAAGGGAAUGAAAUACCACUGAACGGUAAAGUCGUGGCCGAUUUAAUAGUUCAAAGAUUAUUAGUUGAAAAACCAGAAAAGACAAAUCGUGAAAUAGUAGAAUACGAAUAUACCGAUUAA